UUAUUGCAGGAGCUCUGUCAGCAAGCCUGAGAGCUUCAGGCAGAUCUCUCUAAGCCGCCUGUAGAGAAAGACCUUACCCAUGCACAGCCAUGUCUGACGAACAUACUCACAGCACGAACGCGUCCGACCGCGUACAGAAGAACGGCAGCCUGAACGGAGGUCCUUUAGCGUCGAACCCCCGCUCCUGCAUCACAUGCAGAAAGCGUAAGGUCAAAUGCGACAAGAAGCAGCCAUGCUCGAAUUGCGCGAGGGCGAAGAUUGAAUGCGUCUUCCCUGGACCUGGACGUGCGCCGCGCAAGAGCAGAAAGCCACCUGAUGCAGAGCUACUGGAAAGGUUGCGGCGCUUGGAGGGUGUCGUGCAGAACCUCAAUGCGCAAGUCGAAGAACAUGAGCAGGAAGCUGCAGAACGCGAACGCGAGAAUGGCAGCCGACAGGAGAGUGUGAGUGAACAUUGCUUCGGCAACGGUAGCUCUAAGAACAGCCCAUCUGUGGUAGUGGACAAUAGCGUCGAAGGGCUCGAAAGCCGCUUCGGUAGGCUCGUCGUCAAGAAGGGCAGAAGUCGGUACAUCAACAACAGCUUUUGGGCUAGUCUGAACAACGAAGUCGAAGACCUCAAAGCAGUCCUAAUCGAGCCUUCCGACGAUGAGGACGAUGCCAAUUCGCCAAACUCAUCCGAACAACCAGGCCAACACCAGGGAUACAUCUUCGGUCUGAGCUCCACCAGUGUCGAUAUGCGAGCACUGCACCCUACGCCUGAAAUCGCACGUGAGUUCUGGGAAGCCUACAAAGACAGCGUCGAGCCCCUGGUCAAGGUGCUGCACACCCCUACUUUCGAGCCAACUUUCAACGACGCCCUAGAGUAUCCUGAGAAAGUCAGCAAAGGCCUAGAGUCUUUACUAUUCGCCAUUUACUACGGAGCUGUGACCAGUACGACAGCGGAAGAGUGUCUACAAAACUGGGGGGAGGACAGGUCAUCGCUUCUGAUCAGGUAUCGCUUUGCGUUGGAGCAGGCCCUUGCCCGAGCGAACUUCUUGUACUGUGACGAGAUUGUCAUCCUUCAAGCUUUUGUGAUCUUCCUCAUCUUACUGCGCAGAAACGACGAUGCACGGAAGAUAUGGACAUUGACUGGACUAGUCGUGCGUAUCGCGCAAACACUGGGGAUACACAGGGAUGGCAGUCACUUCGGACUAGCACCGUUCGAGAUCGAGAUGCGUAGGAGGCUUUGGUGGCAAGUCUGUAUUCUGGACGCGAGGUCAUCUGAAGACCAUGGAUGCGAUCCUACUAUUGUCGAAGCGCAGUUCGACGCCAAAAUGCCUUUGAACGUUAAUGACACCGAUCUGCAUCCCGAUAUGACCGAGUGCCCUCAAGAGCGGACAGGCUUUACAGAUAUGACUUUCAGUCUUAUCCGCUUUGAAGUCGCCAACAUCUUCCGCCGCAUUCUUUACAUCCCUCCUGGACCUGUCAGGUGCACCGAGCUUUUCGCCAACUUUUCGAUCGCCGAAAAGGAAAAGUGGAUCACAGAGUGCCAUCAACAGAUGGAGGACAAGUACUUGAAGGAUUGCGACAUGUCGAUUCCACUUUGCUGGGUGACUGCAACGAUAUCGAGGCUCAUCAUGAGCAAGAUGUGGUUGAUUGUGUAUCAUCCACAUCAGCGCAAGGACGGAGGCGCAUCAUUACCCCAAGAAACGAAAGACAAGUUGUUCAUCACCUCACUCGAGAACGUCGAAUACUCCAUGCUGCUCGAAACCGAGGCUCGCACAAUGAAGUGGGGCUGGCUCUUCCGCACCUAUGUGCAAUGGCAUGCCAUCGCCUUCCUGCUGUCUGAGCUAUGUGUGCGCACCAAAGGCGAGGCGGUGGAACGUGCCUGGCGCGCUCUUGAAGCCACAGCCGGACGUUGGUGGUUUCCACUUAACGAUUCAUCGCCAUACCGCAAGGGUCAGCAAAGAUACUUGUGGAAACCUCUCAGGAAACUGUUAGCUAAGGCAAAAGCGGCGAGAGAGAGGGAGAUCAGACUCGAACAAACGAGCCAAGCAGUCAGAAACGGCCAACAUCUCAAUACUGACUUCCCGUGGAUCGCUCCUAACACCCUCAAUCCCGUCACAGUCGAUCAGCCAAGUUCAGAAGAUCUGGACAAGCUCUUGAGACCAUCAGCUCCCAAGCUCGGCGAAGUGCCGAUACACGCAACUCCAGCAAGCUGGCCUGAGAGUCCAGUGAGUCUUAACACAAACAGACCCAUUACUGGUCUCAGAGGCGAAGACUUUGGACAGAGUCAGAGGGCGCAAAGCAGAAGCUUGACUGGGUUCGGGAGCCAAAGUACUAGCCCAGGACAACAGUUUAAUCAGUUGACAGACUUUGGACUUGACAAUGUCAUUCUCGAUGUUAUGGACGGAUCAGGCUACGCACCUCUCAACACGAUCUCACAUGUUCAAGAUACACUGCAUUCGAUGCAAACAACGCAAUCUGGCUUUGCAACAUCUGCACAACCGGUUAUGCCCAAUGGUGCAAAUCUCAUGACUGGCGUGUAUGCACCUGAUAUGCACUUCGGAGAUUUGAGUUUUGACGACAUGACAUCAACAGGAGCCACCAACGGACAGAACAACGAUUCCCCUAUCAUGGAUGGUGGUAAUAUGGAUUGGCAGGCCUUUGACGAUAUGGUAGGACAGUAUGGCUUUGAGGGACAGGCAGCAAACAACGCCAAUGCAACAGGCACCGGACACAUGGGCCUAAUGCAUUUCUUGUAAGGGACAGACGCAUUUCAUUUGUACAGUAAUAUGCGGAUUUGCCAUGGCGUUCAAGAAGUUACAACUCGACACUUCGGCUCAGAAAAGCCAUGAUACCCACGAUUGAAUGUUCACUGUAUAGUACUUUGUAAUUUAAUAACAACUCGGCCAUUGCUUGCAGGCUCCGUGCUACCUUCAGCAGCCGUGAACUCGGUGCCAUAUCAAUACAACAUUGCGAACAACCACAACGUCGCCCAGACGCCCAGAGACCGGAUCGAUUCUUCCACGAAUACCGCCUUGCUA